AUGGGAAGUUGCACAGUGGCGCAAUGCAUUGCCACCUUGUCUGCGACUUGGAAGUUUGGAACGAUGCACCACAGUCAUGGAGAAACAGUGGAACUUGACAAUUUUCAUUUGAGCUGUCUCCGUGAUGCGCUGAAGGCUUGGACUCUUGUAGCUGGACAGGUUGUCGAUAUAAUAUCUGAGGGUAGUUUUGAUAUUGAGUUGAAGCAUUUGAAACUGAUUCAUUUGCACAAGAAUGCAGCUUUAUUAGAAGGAUCUGUUGUGAUCAGGGCUAUUUUAGGAGGGGCAGAAGAUGAAGAUUUGGAGAAGCUAAGGAAGUUUACAAGAUGUAUUAGGUUGUUAUUUCAAGUUGUGGAUGAUAUUCUUGCAUUCUUACUAUCACAGUCUUCUCAGCAAUUGGGGAAAAUAGAUGGGAAUGACUUAGUUGUUGAUAAGGUAACUUAUCAAAAAUUGAUAGGUAUUAACAAGUCCAAGGAAUUUGCUGAGGAGUUAAAUAGAGAUGCAAAAGCUCAGCUUACUGGAUUUGAUCACGAGAAAGCAGCAUCAUUGUUUACUUUAAAUCAACAUCAGAAAUGCAAUCACAAAUACCACUCCAAUUCAGAACACUCUCUUACCAACCAACCGCAAUACUCCAAUAACACUCUCUUACCAACCAACAACAACACUCCAACAACUAAUUAG